GUCAUUGGGGCAUUGAGAAUUAGCGAGAGAUCUAGACUGGGGCAUCUUCUUUGUUUCUUCUCUCUCUCUCUCUCUCUCUCUCUCGGCUUCGCUUCUUCGCCCGAUCUCACUCUCAUCCUUUCUACUCCCUGACCGGAAAAUCCGCCCUCUCCUCGCCGCUACCACCGCCACAGAGCGUCAAUAUUCUCUAUCACCUUUCUUUGCUCUUCCUCCGGCAAGUAAAGGUAGAAACGUCCCCACUCAUCCACACUACGGUCCGUUUUGAGGGCAACUCGAUCUUUCGAUUCUUUCUCUCACUCGCUUGGCCGGACCUCACAUACAGGUAGCAAAAACUUCGUUCCGGCCGCCUUACUGGAAAAUCGAAGGCUUGGCAUCCGUUGGGAAUUAGGGUGAAUCUCUAAUGUACUUGGAAGUCAUAAGUAACUUUUGGACACGUACACAGAAAAUUUCACAUCUAACUCACCAUGAAGGAAAUUGCAGUUGAUAAUGGUCCACUGCUUUGCAAAACAAUGAUACAUGGAUCCUGAAGGCAAGAAGUUUGGAAGAGGACCAAGGGAACUGACUGGUGCUGUGGAUCUCAUAAGUCACUACAAAUUGUUGCCACAUCAUGAUUUUUUCUGCAAGAGAUCACUUCCUUCGUCAAUUUCAGACACACAUUAUCUCCAUGAUGUUGUUGGAGACACAGAUAUCAGAAAAGGAGAAGGGAUGCAAUUGGAUCAACUUAUUCAGAACACAUCCUAUUCCAGAGAUACUAAUGCACGAAUACGGCCAUUUGACCUGGAUAUUCUAAGAGAAGCCUUUCAGUUAAGGGAAGCUGCUCCUGUUGAUUUGCCUCUUGCGGAGAAGGGGAUCCCCACUAUUGUAGGGAAAUCUAAAAGUGAGUCCAAGGACAAGGAGAGGAAGCAUAAAAAGUACAAAGAUAGAGGUAAGGAUAAUGAUAAAGAGCAUAAGAAGCGCAAGCACCGGCAUAAAGACCGAAAUAAAGAUAAAGACAGGGAGAAGAAGAAGGAUAGAAGUGGGCAUCAUGACUCCAAUGCCGAUCACUCAAAGAAACACCAUGAAAAGAAAAGGAAGCAUGAUGGAGAUGAAGAUAUUAAUGACAUUCACCGACCCAAAAAAAGUAAGCAUAAGAGCUCAAAAAUUGAUGAAGUGGGUGCAAUCAAGGUGGCUGGCUGAAGAGGUGGCAUGUAAUAAUUGGAUUAUUAUUCGCAAAUGGAUGUUGUCAGAGAGUUUGGAGGUGUCUUUCACUUAACGUUGUCAAAUUUUUUGAGAGGAGCUUCUGCGUCAUGAUUGUGAGGUAGAUUCACCUGGUGGACUGAAUGCAAGGUAAAAAUUGCUGAAAAGGAACUCUCUUGUAUCAUAACAAUGGUCUAAUAUAAUUGGUAGUGAUGUGCAAGACUCUGAUACUUUGUUUCUCAGUUUCUAUGGCGCAUUGGGUAUAUCAGCAUGUUCACAUUA